GGGCUGCAGAAAGCGAAGGAGGCAGCGGGGCUGGGGGCCGAGGCGGGAGCCAGGGCAGGCCCAGGGGAGGAAGGAGAGGGAGGCGGAAGCGUGGAGGAAGGGGCGAGAAGGAUCGUGCUGGGAGAUGAGGGGAGCGCAGGGGCGGGGAAGGAGGCCAGAGGAAGAGGUGCUGGGAAAAAGGAGGAAUGGAGGGUCAGGCCUGGGCGGCGGGAGGACGCGAGGCCGGGGAGAGCGCAGGGACGAGGGGGUCAGGCGUGGGGCUGCAUCGCGGGGGCUGGGGCGGCGGGGGUGGCCAUGGCGGUAGCCGCCGAGGAGGAGGCGGCGGCCCGGGAGCCGGCCGGCCGCCCCGCUGCGGGGCCGGCGCUCUUGCGCCUGCCGGAGGAGCUGCUGCUGCUCAUCUGCUCCUACCUGGACAUGCGGGCCCUCGGCCGCCUGGCGCAGGUGUGCCGCUGGCUGCGGCGCUUCACCAGCUGCGACCUGCUCUGGCGCCGGAUAGCCCGGGCCUCGCUCAACUCCGGCUUCACGCGGCUCGGCACCGACCUGAUGGCCAGUGUCCCGGUGAAGGAACGAGUGAAGGUGUCUCAGAACUGGAGGUUGGGGCGCUGCCGAGAGGGGAUCCUGCUGAAGUGGAGAUGCAGUCAGAUGCCCUGGAUGCAGCUAGAAGGUGAUUCUCUGUACAUAUCCCAGGCUAAUUUCAUCCUGGCCUAUCAGUUCCGCCCAGAUGGUGCCAGCUUGAACCGUCGGCCCCUGGGAGUCUUUGCUGGGCAUGAUGAGGACGUUUGCCACUUUGUGCUGGCCAACUCGCACAUUAUCAGUGCAGGAGGAGAUGGGAAGAUUGGCGUUCAUAAGAUUCAUAGCACCUUCACUGUCAAGUACUCGGCUCAUGAACAGGAGGUGAACUGUGUGGAUUGCAGAGGGGGCAUCAUUGUGAGUGGCUCUAGGGACAGGACGGCCAAGGUUUGGCCUUUGGCAUCAGGUCGGCUGGGGCAGUGCUUACAUACCAUCCAGACUGAAGACCGAGUCUGGUCCAUUGCAAUCAGCCCAGUACUAAGCUCUUUUGUGACAGGGACGGCUUGUUGUGGGCACUUCUCACCCCUGAGAAUCUGGGACCUCAACAGUGGGCAGCUAAUGAUGCACCUGGGCAGUGACUUCCCCCCAGGGGCUGGGGUGUUGGAUGUCAUGUAUGAGUCCCCGUCCACACUCUUGUCCUGUGGCUAUGACACCUACGUUCGCUACUGGGACCUCCGAGCCAGUGUCCGGAAGUGUGUCAUGGAGUGGGAGGAGCCCCACGACAGCACCCUGUACUGCCUGCAGACCGAUGGGAACCACCUGCUGGCUACUGGGUCCUCCUACUACGGGGUCGUGCGGCUGUGGGACCGGCGCCAGAGGGCCUGCCUCCACGCCUUCCCGCUGACCUCGACCCCGCUCAGCAGCCCUGUGUACUGCCUGCGCUUCACCACCAAGCAUCUCUAUGCCGCGCUCUCCUACAACCUCCACGUCCUGGACUUCCAGAACCUGUGACGGGGCCACCCUGGCCUGCGGGCCAGGGAAGCCAGCUACUCAGGGACCUCUCCGCCUGGAGGGUGCAGGGAUGCCUCCGCCCCCGCCGUGCCUGUGCUCCUAGACCUGUCACCACAGUGCUUGGGCGCCGUCAGAUCCAGUUCCUCUCUGGCUGGGAAGUCCUGGGAGGCCCUAAGAGGGGACCGACAUCUUCAAACAUGAGGAUGGGCAUGUUGGGGAAAGGAUGCCGUCCUCCAAUAAAGGAGCUGAAUGAACUUUAGUCACCGAACUAGAUGAACGAGAUGAACUUUAAGUCACUGUCAAAGGGACCAGAAGAGGCCAACUCUGUACCUCCCCGCAAACUGUGCUGAAAGGAUGGCUCCUUCACUUGGGCUACUUCAGAAAUGACCCACAGUACCCCACUGCUCUCUGCUGUAUCCUCUUCCCAAUUUCCAGUUGUUUCCCAACCUAUUCUUUGCAGUGAACUGAGAAAGAACACAGGAGGCCAGGCCUCUGGAGACAGACUCGGAGGAGAGGCUGAAAAGCAGAAGCAGGGCCACUGUGGAGAGUUACACGGGCCGUGCCCCACACACAGCUCCGGGGCGCCCUGCACACCCGCACACGGGUUUGGCAAGACUGGGCCUGAGAAGCCUCUAGCCAGUCCCGCCCUCAGAAAAGCAGUAGGCAAACCUUCCUUCUUUCUUAAACAUCACAGCUCCAGGCAAGCCGAUCAUCCCUGCCUACAGCAGCCCUUCCUGGACUCACAAUGCACAUUCACAUACUAAGACUGCCAUACGUCCUACCAAAGAGAAACUUGUUUAAUCCAGUUCCCUAAAUUUAUUUGACCACGGAAUCCUUUUUUUCUAGUGAUGCCUAUUAACACCUCCCAGUGUUAAUGUUACCAGUGUCAAAUCAGCCAAGUUCUAAUUUCCAAAGAAUUGCUAAAGACAUGCUUCAGGCCGGCCAUUGUCCCGGACGUUUGUAUACACAUGAUUUCAUCAAAUUGCCCAAACAGUCUGUGAGGUGGGUAUGAGUAUUCUCCUGUGUGAGGAAGCCUUGCCCAAAAUACUACAGUUAGUACGUGGCAGAGGCCAGAUUUAAGCCAACCCCUUCCCACUCCAGUGCCCUUGUCCAUUCCACUUAAUGGCUGCCAGCUUCUAGUCUGAGGCUAAGAAUCUUCUUUCUGCACACUAUUAUCAGGAACAGGCAAUACCACGCUGGGAUCCUGGAAAAGCACUUUCUUCCCUGAUUCAUCCCCUCACUAAUACAUGAGGCCAAGGACAUGAUACAUUGGAAUCAAUCCUUUCCAGAAAAGUGACCAACCCAGUCCUUCAGGGACAAGGCAGGUAUGGACAAGGAAUACUGGCUUUUACUAGUAACCACAUUCCAGAAUAUUAGAACUCAGGCAGGCACAGAACUAGCAGGUAAUGGAAGAAGGCAAAUCAGAGAGAGAUGCCACGGUGUGGAUACUGUAGAUGUCCGGGCAGCUAGACUGUCGCUAACUUUCCCUUUGCAAGUCAGCUCAUCACACUGACUUUACAGACACAUUUAUAUAAUCAUUACGAUAUAACACAAGAAUGAAAAUAUGUACCCUGCCCAACACUGGAUGGUGUGACGAUUUUUUUUUUUUUAAAGAUUUUAUCUAUCUAUUUUAUCUAUUUAUCUAUCUGGCGCCCCAGAAAACAGAUUUUUAACGUACCCUGAAAAAAAACAGUAUCCUGCUCAAAAGAAUAACCACUGAGUUGUUUAAUUAGUGGUAGUAAAGGUAUAAGACACAUUACUGCCCCUGGUAGGAGAUGAAAAUGCCACUAGGCUCAAGAAAGAGCCGGUUAAAGGUUUAGUGGCCUUUUUCUCCUACCUCUGGGCAGAGGGACCCGAGGAAGGCUGGGCUGAGCCAGGCAGGGCCACUGGACCAGAGGCUCAGUGCGGGCUCCGAAGCGGGCACUCACAUACUCCUCUCCCCUCUGUGGGGAUCCAGCCCCGGCCCUGUCCCGUCUAGGGGCAUUACUUCCAUCCCACCUGGCCUCACCCAUCAGUUCAAAAAUGUCUCCAGCUGCCUUGAGCGCAGGAGUGGGCUUCUAGCCAUGUUGCUCCUGGCCAACAGCGCCGCCUACAGCUGGGUAUGUGCAGCAGAUGGGACCCAGAGGAUCUGCCCGCAGAUGAAUUUUUUGGUGAGCUAGCUGGCCUCUCUUCUCUCACUCCCCAGUAAUCACAUUUCUGCCUGAUAUCUGUAUUCGACAGUGACCUCUGGGGGACAAAAGGGAGGCAGCAGCCAGCUCUACAAACUGCUAGGCUGCAGAUUCAAGUGCUAUCAGAAGCACUUUUGUUCCCAGUUUGGACCCAGGGCCUCUUACGCCAGGGAAUGCUUGCUGAAGCACAGAGUUUGUUUUCCUAAAGGCAAUUUCUCUGUUGUCUGAAAUUGCUAAAUUCCACUUUAGGCGCUGACUCCCAUUAAUGAUGAGAACAAUAACAGGAAUAAACUGCCUUUUAUCUGA